AUGUAUAUUUUCCUUCUGUUAACGACUUUUCUUCAACUUGAAUCGAUUCGAAGUAAAGGUAAAUAUGAUUUCGGUCCAAAUCAAUUAGCAUCGAAUGUUUGGUAUAGACCAAAAGGACAGUUAAUCAAUGGUCAUUACGAACAUAGCUAUUCAAAUUUUACCUUAUGGCCAAAACUUCGACAACAUCUGAUAAAAAACAAUGGUUCAAUAUCAAUUCAAGCCUCAGAAAUCGGUUAUAUGACUAAUGACAUGUUAAUGGCUUUUCGUCGACAGAAUCUUUCCAUCAUUGUCGUUUCACCUGCAUUUACUCAAUGUUAUGAUGGAACAUCGUUAGGUUUAUUAGAAUUCUAUGGUCAAUCGCCAUCAAAAGACAAUUUAUUUUGUCAAAUAUUUCAAAUCUGUGAUCCGAUCGAUCGACAAGAUCCGAAUGGAAAAGGCUGGUUCGUAACAAAGGACGGAUUUUCCUUUACACCUGAUUUGUUGAAUUUCGAUGAGCGAAUGCCAAACCUGGUUUCAUAUCUCGACUAUGACAAACUAAUCAAUCGAACAGUAAAUCCGGUUGAAUGGUAUUUUCCAAGUCGUUCAUGGAACGACCGCAAAGCUUUCGCUCGUAUCGAUCCGUGUCCUCAAGCAGGUUCGAAUCGCACCGCGAACUUAAUGUCCGAUUAUGUCAAAUACAUUUCGAUCAUGAAUCAAAAGUUCAACUCAACAAAAAUUCCCCAAAUUCAAAUCAAUUGGA